UGAGUGAGUUUGAGGGAAGCCUGGGCUGGCUGCUGUUUUUGGGGUUAAAGCGGUCACUCCCUUCGGCGUCCUGAGACACUAAGAGUCAAACUACCCAUUAACCCACUAAUCCCCGUCCGUUCCGGACUGGCUCGGGGAUCCUGGUGGGGUGGAAGCCGCAUCGCGGACGGGAUCCUGCAGACAUGCUGAGGGCGAGGCGAAGGCGUCCGUCUCCAGUUCCUAAAUGCUUUUUUUUAACAUAGUUGCCCGUCCGGCGUCUGCAUGGAUCAUUCAGGCUUUCAGUCUUUUUGAUGCCCGUUUCCUACCGCUUGGACACCGGGACGCUUCAUUCUUCACCAGCCGGGCUCAGGACUAACAUUUCACCGGGCGCUUUUGCUCCUUUUUACGGAAAAUGGGUUGUUGCACCGGGAGAUGCACGCUGAUUUUUCUAUGCACUUUACAGCUGCUGGCAUCACUGGAGCGACAGAUCUUUGACUUCCUGGGAUAUCAGUGGGUCCCCAUCCUCGGAAACUUCCUGCACAUAAUAGCUGUCAUCCUCGGCCUCUUUGGAACAAUUCAGUAUCGCUCGAAAUACAUCGUGGUGUACUCCAUCUGGGUGGCUCUGUGGGUGGCAUGGAAUGUGUUCGUUAUCUGCUUCUAUUUGGAAGUUGGAGGUCUGUCUAAGGACACCGACCUCAUGACCUUCAAUAUCUCCAUGCACCGGUCCUGGUGGCGUGAGCACGGCCCCGGCUGCGUGAGCAGGGAAGUCCCACCCCCAGGCUCCCGCACACUGGAGGACCACACCUACAUCUCCGUCACUGGCUGCAUCAUGGAGUUCCAGUACCUGGAGGUCAUGCACUCUGCCCUGCAGAUCCUAUUGGCUCUGGUGGGCUUUGUCUAUGCCUGCUAUGUGAUCAGCAUCUUCUCGGAGGAAGAGGACAGUUGUAAGUACUGACCUGCUCCCAUCUGCUCCCGUCUCUGGAGAUCUCCAGGAUCGAAUUAAAUGAGGAGCUGCGACUGACGUAACUGGAGAUGCCAAAAUGGAAGGAGAUCCCCCCCCCCCUUAAGAAUGCCAUGUGCCACAUGGACGGAUGUCUGUGCCAGCGAGAGAGCGGCUGUGGAUGGAUCCCCCCACUCCACUAACCUCUGACCAAAUUGAUCAAUACGAAAUACUCGGCUAAAUCUUUUAUUUAUAUAUCAAAUACAUUUCAGAGCAUGAAACCCUAACUCUGUGCACCAGGCUGUCUUCAGUUACUGUCAUGUGGUUUUAUUUCCCAAUAAUCAGGUUGGGCACUUUUAGCAAUAUAUUUCAUGACAUUUAAUGAAAAAUAUGCCUUUCUCCUGCACAGUGAUCAAUAACUGCAGAUGAUUCUAUAAGUGUUUUUGUAGGAUUUUUGUUUUGGGGGCGGUGUGUGGCUCUGUGGGUUAGGGCUGCGUGUCCGGGACCGGAAGGCAUCACCACUGGACCCUCGAGCAAGGCCCGCGACCCCAAUAGCUCAGAGAACAUCGUCUCUAUCUGAGCCUGCUCCCUGAACAAAAGCAUCUGCCAAAUAAGUAACAAAUGUGAUGUUUAAGGUUUCCUGAGGUACUGUCUGCCAUAUUCAGUUACCUCUAUACAAACCCCAUAUUAACAGUUCUGUUGUGCAUCUGCUGAAUAAAUCCUACCAAAAGCCAUGAGCUGUGAGGAGCCGUAUGAAGAAUGCUGAGCGCGCUGGUCUGCUCAUUUCAGGUUGGCUGUUCCUGCUUUGUUCCACUCUGCUACUCCUCGAAGCUUUACAAAGCUCCACCAGCAGGAGGCAGUCUUGGCAUUGGGCUAAAUCUGUGUUCCAGUUCAUCCCAAAGAUGGUCUGCAAGGCUCGUGUUGGAUCUCUGUGCUUCCAAAGCUAAUUUCUACAAAAAAACAAAAAUUGCAUAUUCUAUAGUUAAAGCAAUUUUGCAGCAUUCAGAGGGUUGUCUCAUGACUUUUGGUAGACAACGUUCAAGAUAUUAGUUCAAGUCUCCUUAUCUCAUCAUGCCCCGUUCUUAUGUGGUAUUUAUAUACCUACUGAGGUUUGGGUCUUUAUCACACACAUUUUUUCCAGAUGCAUCUUCAUGUGCUGUUCUAAAAUGGAACUUCGGUUUUUUUGCUAUACUCUGAAUAAACCAUGAAUAAGGAUGAUAAAUGCCAUGGAUUCCAUCAUGAGACUGGAUGGACCUUACAUAGAAAUCAUAUUCAUUACAUCCAGUUUUGUACAGUAGAUUUGUUAGUGUCUCAGUAGACUUCUGGAUAGGUAGCUAUGGAAGGUUAUAUAGUACAGGUACCAUUUUUAUACCAGAUACCAGUAUUAAAUCCAUGCGUUCUGUGACAUUUGAAACAGUGCCUUUCAUCUCUACUUGCUUUGUGUUACACUUCAGAGGUCAGAGGGAAUUAAUCCCCUUUAAUAUAUUUAACAUACAUACGUUUGUGUUUCAAAAGUGAAUUUUGGGCAGAUGGAGAUGGUCAGAACUGCCCAGCACUGGACUUUACUUUGCUCUCAAGAAGAAUAGAAGUCAGUGAAGUGAUCCCAGAGCAUGAGGAUUCAAUUGUGCGUCCAGAUAAAAUAAGAGAAAGGUUUCGUUGGAGCGCCACCUGCUGGUUCAUCUGCUGUCUUUGUUAUUCAGGUAUAACCAGAGCUAAGACGGGCUUUACCUGACAUAUGCAGCAAACAAAAAUGACAAAAGACGCUUACGCUACACUCGGAAGAGACAGAGAGAAAUGGUGAGUGUAGCUUUCUAAUCUGUGGUCAGUGAGCAUAGUUUUUUAUUCCAUUGCAGUGACGUAGAUAACGAGCGGGACGUAGAAUAUAAUGUUUCAUUUAGGCAUAGAGUUUGUACAACUGUUUUUGAUGUAAGUAAAGUAUUACCGGGUACAUGCAUGGACUUGUUUUUGUGAUUUUCGUGUAAAUGUGUUUUCUAAGAGCUUGCCCAUCAUGAGAGUAUGGAAGUGUAUACAAGCCACACAUUCCAUCCAUCCCUGCACCACUCAUCCAGUACAGGGUCUUGAGGACAUGCUAAUGUUUUCUUCUAAACGUCCGUGCCAUUGAGCGCACAAGACCCCAAACAGGACAUGAAGAGAGUUCAUUCGUUCUCGUGUAGAAGAUCCACUUCUUAGGGCUUCUUGCAGGAAGUCCAGUAGGCAGGCGUGGCUUUUGGCAAAUGUCUGUUUCGUUUUUAAGUCUUGAAGCCACAAAUGACUUCACCCACUGUCUUCUUUAUGACUGCCAAGCCAAUACGAAUCGCAAUAAAUAUUUUCCUUUCUUUUUGAUAAACCAUUUCCAGUGGUGUGUGGCUGGUUUACUCUGUUAUGUCUUCUGUAGGACUUCAGACAUUUUUGCACAUUUAAUUUUUACCUUGUGUAAAAAAGAAAAAAAAAUCACAUUCAUGCAAACAUGGAUUCCUUUCUUGUCGUACCAUGUAAAAAAUGGUCUAACAGGAGAUACCUUGUCAGUUAUUAAUAAAAUUGUACAUUGGAGUA